AUGAUUAUCAGAGCACCGACUAGAACGAUGACAAAGUCGUUCAACGGCAGGCAGAUGGGAUUUAAAUUCCCAUCUGUUGAAAAUAUGCCACAGAACCCUCUAGAUGAAUAUCAUAUGAAUAACCAUCAUCUGCUCAAUGAUAACAUUGCAAAGAGUCAACAAGCACAAGCACAUCCACAUCCACCUCCGCAUCAAAAACCAAUUUCGACUGAUGAAGACGCUCUUUCCAAUAUAAAUUCAGAUUAUACCAGUGGAUCUAAUACAAAUACGAAUUCUGGUAAUUCUUCCAAUGGGUACUAUUCAUUUGCCAACAUUUCUGAUAAUACUACACCUUUGCCUAAUAAAAUGUAUUCCUAUCCAAGUAGUCCCAAAAGUAAUGAAUCUAGUGAGGGCGGUAAAAUGUCAGAAUUGACAGUUCCUAAGGAUGAACACAAUCAAUCAUCUCAAAAAUCCACGGAACCCAUGGAAGUUAUUCCUGAGGAUAAUGGUUUUACCUCAAUGUCCCUUAAUGUACAAUCUAUACCGACAGCGGAUAAUUUUUCCUUUGAUAUUGCAUCUUCCAAUUCUUUGAGACCUGGAAGCACAACUGACAAGCCUGGUGUUGCUACAUUAGCACGCACACCUUCGUCAAACACAUCUAGAAGCUCUCUGUUGAGUCCCAGUGUGCGUAAUCCUUCAUCAUCUUCUGCCAGAAUCAGGCAAUCUAAAAGGAGAUCUCAACUGAAAAGAUCACCUUCCAUUAGAUGUAAAGGUGGUCUUUUGAAGUAUUUUCACUUAUUGGGAUCAAGGAUUAAGAAAACCCUGCGAAAGAUUAAACUUGCACUCAGAGGUAAAAACAGUAAGCGUCAAGCUUCUUAUAGGAGGUCUACAUCUUCAACUGCUGCUCCUAAAGUUGCUCGCAAACCUCAAGUAAAUGUGACAAGGGCUUCUAGCAAGAAAGAAUUGACUUCACACUUGAAGCGUACAAAUGGUUACGUGAGUAAUUUAAAAAGAUCAAUGUCCCAAAGAUCACUACGACCCUUAUUGGAAACUCCUGAGAAAUGUGCCACCGCUGGUUCUCUUCAUACGCCACAUCCUGAUACUAGUAGUUCAGAUGCAUUUGUGACCCCACCUGGCAGUCGAAUCGUUCGUAAUCCAACCACUUCUCUAAGACGUACACCUUCAUCCAUUAGAAGAGCGGCUUCUGUGAUUAGAACUCCAAUUCCAGCUGUACCUUCAGCAACGGUUGCUCCUUCUGAAAGCUUUGUAUAUGAAGACGCUACAACUGCUUCUCCUGGUUCAGCUAACGGGUCUGAGAAUAGAUCAGGAUUAGUGAGAUCCACUGCUUCCAAAUCCUUGAACUCGUUGGUCAGACAACGUUCUAUCGUGGUCAAAAACAAAGUGAUACCAUUGUCAAUGCAUCAGUACUCAAUUAAAGAAGAAGAUGAAGACAAAGAACAUGAUAGUCAAUUUAUGAUUAGACCAAGUUCUGACUAUUCUUUGAGUCCAGUGCAUAGUGUGUCUUCUGAAGGCAAUGGAAGCAACUACGAUAGUGACUUCGAAAAAUAUUAUUCCACCGGUGAUUACACCGACGCAUACGAAGAUGCUGAAAUGGGAUCCUUCAUCUCAAGUAAACGUACAUCUUCUACUAACACAUCUUCUACCGCUGCAUCUUCAGAUGCCGUAUCUUAUACGGAAUCCGUUGUCCCAUCUGUGGAACCAACUGUGGAACCAGCGGUUGAAUCUAAAUCAAUUGAUGAUGGGGAAGAUAUUGAUGAAACUACGGAUUCUGUCAGCUUUAACAAUGAGAUUGAAGAAUUGAGAAGUAACAUCAAUCACUACUUUAGAUGUGUGAUUGCAAGACGUAUUAAAUUGAGAUUACAAUUUUCACAUUAUGAAUCUUCAAAUUCACUUUCUCCAUCAUAUUUGGAUAUUAUGGAAUCAUUAUUAAAGGAUUACGACGACGAAUCUACUGCUGGCAAAGAUCCCGCUGAGUUCAAUACUAUUGAUGAAGAAGAUGAAGUCGCAGCUUCUGAAUUAUGGAGUCCCCGUGAUAGUAAAACGGGUUCAAUUAGAGUCAAUGUACAAACGCCUUACCUCAAGAGAGGUCCUACUCAGCAUAGUUUAAUCUCAUUAAACUCUAGAGACGUUAGAAGAUCAUUGACAUUACCAAUUGGUAUGAAAGUAUAG